AUUGAUUAUGUGAAUUGUAUUGAUCAAGUAAAUUGAGCAGCGUUCACAUUUACAGACGGCUGUAGAAUGAAGCGGUUUUUGUUAAAAUAAGAUCAAAACAACAGUAGUUUGUUAGAACUGGUCGUGUAAUACAGUUAAAGGUCAUAAAACAUUGAAUAUUUCGUAUUUUGACGCUUGAAAUUACUGCAGGACAGUGUUUCAAAGAUGGGUUGUACGUUGAGUGCUGAAGAUAAAGCUGCCGUCGAACGAAGCAAAAUGAUCGACAAAAAUCUUCGUGCAGAUGGCGAAAAAGCUGCUAGAGAAGUAAAACUUUUAUUACUAGGUGCUGGUGAAUCUGGCAAGAGUACCAUUGUGAAGCAAAUGAAAAUUAUUCAUGAGAGUGGCUAUUCACAAGAUGAAUGUCUUCAAUACAAGCAAGUGGUGUAUAGCAAUACCAUCCAAUCCAUGAUUGCUAUAAUCAGAGCAAUGGGGACAUUGAAAAUAGAAUUUGCACAGCCAGGACAUGCUGAUGAUGCAAGAAAUCUUUUUGCCAUGUCUGGAGGAAUGGAUGAUGUUGAUUUUAGUGACCAGUUGGUGUCAUUGAUGAAACGAUUGUGGAAUGAUUCUGGUGUCCAAGCAUGUUUUGGAAGAUCAAGAGAAUAUCAAUUGAAUGACUCAGCUGCAUACUACCUUAAUUCGUUGGAUCGCCUGGCAUCAAAGGACUACAUACCAACUGAACAAGAUGUGUUAAGAACAAGAGUUAAAACAACAGGAAUAGUUGAGACUCAUUUCACCUUUAAAGAUCUCCAUUUCAAAAUGUUUGAUGUUGGUGGUCAAAGAUCAGAAAGGAAAAAAUGGAUACAUUGUUUUGAAGGAGUUACUGCUAUCAUUUUUUGUGUUGCUUUGAGUGCCUACGAUCUUAUGUUGGCAGAAGAUGAUGAAAUGAAUCGUAUGAUGGAGAGCAUGAAACUGUUUGAUUCUAUUUGCAACAACAAGUGGUUUACAGAAACCUCCAUCAUCCUAUUUCUAAACAAGAAGGAUUUGUUUUCUGAAAAAAUAACAAAAUCUCCUCUAUCCAUUUGCUUUCCUGAAUACACAGGUUCGAACACUUACGAAGAGGCCGCUGCGUAUAUUCAAUUGCAAUUUGAAAAUCUGAACAAGAGAAAGGACACGAAAGAGAUAUAUACGCAUUUUACAUGUGCUACAGAUACUAACAACAUUCAGUUUGUCUUUGAUGCUGUUACUGAUGUCAUCAUUAAGAAUAAUCUUAAGGAUUGUGGACUCUUCUAGUCAUGGCAUGUUAUUUGAGAGCUAUUAAAAGAAAAGAUAUCUCGCUAUUGAAGCAAUGCUAACCACAAUCAAUAUGACAACUCGUGGCAAUUAUUGAAUUGACUGAACCUUUGACAUCUGUAUUUUAACACGUCUUCAUACAUUUUGCAAUAGUACAUACAAAUGAAAUGUUAUAAGUUGGUCUAUAUGUUAUAGGUAAUAGAUAUGUUAGGAAAACUUGUAUUAUUACUAAAUUUAGAAUUUCUAUAUAGCAUGUAAUCAAUUAUAUGCAAGCUAGGGCAAGGAUCUUCAUAAAAACUUUAAUGAAACCAUCAGCAAACGUUGCUUAAACUUUGCUAUAGUUAUUCAUACACCUUCAACGCUUUCAACGCUUGUUCAAAUUUUCCCGAUCUAUCAAGAAUCUUUGAAAAACGAAUAUCAAAAAGCAUAUCUUAUCAGAAACGAAUUAAAAAAAUUAGAAAUGACAGAUUAUUGUUGGCAAAAUAUUACAAAAGUCAGUGUGUAGAUAUAUUCAAGUUACGUACAAAGGUUCAAUGAAAAUAUUUCUCUUAAUCGUACUAUCUGUUGAACUGUUGUUUGUGUGGGUAAUUCUUACUAUUGCUUUUAUUUAAUAAAUCAUACAUCAUACAAUAGGAUGUAAAAUGUUAAUUGGAUGAAAUAAAGAUCGUGUACAUCGUUAAA